AUGGCUCUAUGUAACAGUCCUUCACGAUGGCGUACUGUGUAUUGCACUGGCGAUAAACCGCCGGGGCGCAUAGGGCAUACACUCUGUGCGAAUGCUGAAGAAACAAAAGUUUUCCUGUAUGGAGGCGUUAAUGACAAAUUUGAAAGCACUUCCAAUUACCUCAACGACUAUUAUUCGUUUGACGUAACCACGAAGCGGUGGACGCAUAUCGAAAUGAGUGGGGACACGCAAAGUGCCAGAGCGUUUCACUCAGCUGUUUUUUAUGGUGGCUCCAUUUACAUCUUUGGUGGCUGCAAUGGUAGGGGCCGGUUCAAUAAGUUGUUCUCCAUAACAGAAAACGGUGUUUGCAAGCUGAUAAGCUCUCAAUCGGCUCCCGCUACACGGUAUUGCCAUAGUGCUGCGUCAUUUGAAAACUGCAUGUAUAUAUUUGCCGGUAAGUGCGGCGGUAGAAAUAGCAACAGGCGCCUCAGUGACCUUUUUUGCUUCAAUUUCUCCACGGAGCAAUGGUUCGAGUGCCCACAGCUCGGCACGAGACCAACUGCCCGCUCCGCCCACGCUGCUUUUACGUGUGGACGGAAUAUGAUUGUAUUUGGUGGUCGUAAUGCCGAUGGCGAGUGCUGUGAGGAUAUGUACUCGUACAAUUAUGACACGUUUAUGUGGCGAAAGAUUGAAGUGCCCAACGGUGGAGCAUUUUUGGGGCGGGCACGUAACAGCGUUGUAGUGCAUCACGGCAGGGUAGUGGUCUUCGGCGGGUGGAAUGGCCGCAAGAAGCUCAAUGAUCUCUUUACUUAUUUGGUAGACGCUAACAUGGUGGAAUUGUCACGUGAUAUGGAGGAGAAUUGCCCCUCACGACGGGAGUGCCACGUGGCAGUGGUUUGCAAGAAUACGAUGAUAGUGUUCGGUGGGCGGUUCCGUGGAGACUUCAUGUCUGACACAGCAGAGCUUGAUUUGGGGCCUAAGUCACUGAAACAAAUGUGCAGAGAUUGGAUUCUCGACGGCACCCUGUGCGAUGAUGACGAUUCCACGGGCCUCAAACCCUUGACGCAAGGGCUUCGGCGGUUCGUUAUAAGGUGGAAGGAACUGACAACGAAAACAGAUCCCAAUUAUAAGAAACCGCAGUCGACGUAUGGCCUUCAUACUGAAGCACUCUCAUCUGACAGCAACUCUCAGCAUGAAUGA